AAAAACGCCGCGCACACCACUUGUGGUCAAGGUUGCUGAAACAACUUGAUCGUCUACUCUGAAUACAUUACAACCAGCAUUGGUCAAAGAUGACGUCAACCACAUCAAAAAUAUUCCUGGCGGUUUUGUUGCUGACCUGCGUGUCCCGUGCCCAGGCCCAGUGUGAAGCUUAUGACAACAUAGAUCUUAUUAUCCUCAACGAACCAACUAACAGGCAUUGCUAUUGGAGAUGUAUCGGUGAAUAUAAAUGUUUCUUCUAUCAAUAUCAUGAGGGCGGUACUUGUUACUUAUUUGUAUCGGACGGGGAUGUGGUGAAUUUGGACGAAAAUGUAUAUCACGAUAGCACUAUAGCCUGUAUAUAUAGAAGCAGAUGUGAUGCUUAUAGUGAAGAUUUCAACUUUCCUGUGCAAGCGAACAAUCACAUGGAGUGUUUUAUGACCUGCCUCCAUAAGAAGAGAUGUUGGAGCUAUGUCUACGACCCAUCUGAUGUUUCUUGUCUGCUCCGGACCAAAGGCGGACGUAGCAGUGACAUUGAUUAUACUUAUGGCCAUGACUUUUAUUCACAUGUUGUUUGUAAUUUGUAA